AUUUCCUGAAAUGAGGCAGGUAAUAUUUUACCUUCUAGUAUGUAUCAUACAUCACGGAGCAACUCUUUUAAGUGUGGAAACCUACAGCUAUAAAAUAGAAUUCAAAGAUGAAGAUAUCUUAAGCAAAUGUAAAAAUUAUCCCAAAAACUUUUUGGAUAAGAUUGCGGAUAUAAAGGACUUGAAAUUUAUAAGAAUGAACAAUGAUACAAUACACGUUAAAGGUAAAGCAAAAAUGACCGCGGAAUUGCCGAAGAAUACACCCAUCAAGGUUUAUGGGCAGAUUUACAAGAAAUCCCGAGGGCAAUGGGUAAACACAAUUUACAACUUCGCUCGACCAGAUUUGUGUACUGCUUUGUUUACACCAGGCGAAUACUGGAGUAAAAUGGUGCAGCAAUUAUCUAUCAAAAGACGUCAAUGUCCAUUUCCAAAAAAUUAUUCCCUUAACUUCGACCUUUUUACUGAUCUUAUUGCAAACGACAUUGUUGACAAAAAUGGCAGUGGCGAAUAUAAAUUGAAUGCUAAUUUCGGUUACGGCACCAAAGAAGACGAAUUUAUUUGUGUAAAUAUUAUUUUUUAUGCGACAAGAUUUGACAACACGCGGUUAAAGGUAUAACUGUAUGAGAUACUUAAUGUUUACUUCAAAGUACAACAAA